AUCGCUCAUUAAUUGAUAAACAAAAUCGAUCAAUCGUCCCUGAACAAACACCUCACUCAAUCCCCAGCACCGAAGCGCCUCCUGCCACGAUGUCACAGGAAACCCCCCCCUUGCUGCGCUUCCACAGCGUCCACUCCAAAAACAUCACCCUCUCUCAAGACAAAACCAUCGCCCGACGCACCCACGACUUCGGGUUCGUUUUCACCUCUCAACCCAUCCAACCCGACGAAAAAAUCACAAUCAAGUUCAUGGAAGUCUCAAACCGGAGUGCUUUAGCGGCCGCCUUUUGCUUCGGCAUCACCCACAAAAACCCCACCGACGAACCCUUCGAAGACGUAAGGAACUACACCUACUUAGACUUGAUUAAAAAAAUGGGCUUUGUGGCGCUCCCGCUGGACAAGAAACUGUGCUCCAGAAACGCGAUUUUCGCCUUUAAAGUCACUUCAAGCGGUGAACUAGUCUUUGAAGUGAAUGGGGAAGGUAAGAAUGUCAAGUUUGAUGGAAAAAUCAACACGAAGGUGGAGAUGUGGGGGUUGGUUUAUUUUUUUGAAAAUCCGGUGUGUAUUAAGUUGAUUAGGGGGUUACCGCAGGGUGAGAAACGCGAAGAGAGGGUUGAAGAUAACGGGGUGGUAAAGGUUGAGGAGGCGCCUACGGCGCCAGCGGAACCCGAAAAUGUUGACGAACGAAGAACGUCAAUUUUUGGUGUUGUGUUGAAACGUGUCAAUUCGCAAACGCCAUCUGUUGAUGGUGAAGACAGAAACGGUGAGGAAAGUCGAGGACGGUGUUUGACGACCGUGUGAGCGAUUUAUUUUAUGUAACACCUUUUUGGAAUAUAAUUUUUUACAUGA